UCUGUUUGAUGCUUAGAAUAUUGUUCAGGAAAACUGUUUGAAACUUGAGUGUAAACUUUGGCACAUAUUGACUUAGAUGCUCUCCUUUUCUUGAAUAUUAAGACAUGAUUAUGUAGAAAGGCACAAUUUUGAUCAUGAAGGACCAACCAUGAUUAAAACUGUGUCUUUCUCUACCUAACAGGGCCAUAUUUAACUUAUUAAAAGACAGAAGAUCCAAAUCAAUAUGCUAGAUCCAACAUAUUUCCUUGAUUAUAGCGUUAUAAUAGUUCAUCUUGAUCUUUAUGAAAACCUUUUACAAGUUCAAUGUAUCUAGACGCUGAUUAUGUCAAACAGGUCACAUUUGUUAAUUGACACAAACAUGAAUCAAUGAAAUGCUUUUAGUUUGUUAAUAUCGGUACAUAGAUAAAACAAGUGGAACUGUUUCAAUGUCAACUCUUAGCAACGCAACAAAUAUAUUUUGGCAAGAUUGUCAACUAGGAAAGCCUGAAAGGCAGAAGCUACUUAACCAAAAGGGAUGUGUUGUAUGGAUUACUGGACUCAGCGGAUCAGGGAAAAGCACACUGGCAUGUUCACUAAGCAGUGAACUGCACUCAAGGGGAAAAUUAUCUUAUAUCCUUGAUGGAGAUAACCUUCGGCAUGGACUAAACAAGGAUCUUGGUUUUAAACCUGAAGACCGCACUGAAAAUAUUCGCAGAACUGGUGAAGUGGCGAAACUCUUUGCCGAUGCUGGUCUAAUAUGUGUUGCUAGUCUCAUAUCUCCUUAUCGAAGAGAUCGGGAUACUUGCCGUGCCAUGUUGCCUGAUGCCAACUUUAUUGAGGUCUACAUGAACAUGCCUCUAUCAUUGUGUGAGGCACGGGAUCCAAAAGGCCUCUAUAAGCUUGCUCGUGCUGGAAAGAUCAAAGGUUUUACCGGCAUUGAUGAUCCUUAUGAACCACCCUUAAAUUGCGAGAUAGAAAUAAAGGAGGAUGAUGGAGAUUGUCCAACACCAAAAGUGAUGGCAGGACAAGUUGUUACUUACUUGGAAGAGAAAGGGUUUCUUGAAUGUUAGGGAAAUAUUCAUAUAUCUAAUGUUUGAACUUGUAAUGUCUGCUAGUAUUCUCUAAUUAUAACGUUUCUUCUAGACUUCUAGUUGAAGUUGAAAACCUAGAAAGUGUGUUAGCAGGAGGCACUGCCGCACUGGUGAGAGGAUAAGGGGACUUGUAAAAUUUAUCAACUAUAUAUAAAUUUUAAUUGCAUACA